AUUUGGAAAAAUGGGGGUUUGAACCAUCCCCCAAAUCACCCCCAUUCCCCUCCUAUGGGACUUGGCGAUUGCCUCCCGGGCUUAAAAAUUUUCUGUUGGUGUCCUUGUUCAUCAUACCAAAUUUCAAAGCUUUAUCAUAAUUUGCCGUUUAUCGCCCAAAAUAUACAUUUUGCCACUGAACUAAUAGAUUUAUAUCGUUGAUGAAGCUCCAUUGACAAACAUUGUCGUGCAAACUUCAACUGCAGAUACUGGAAUUUUUUCAUCGGUGGUCCACAUGUCAAAAAUUCUAAGCAACGUGUGAAGAAAAAAAGAUUUUGUUAUCGAUCUCUGUACAAAUCGUUGACCACUUCCGAAGGAUCCGAGGCCUUUAGAUCAGUCAUGGCCGAAAUUGAAGAUCUUCCCGAUGAUUCUACUUUGAAUUAAAACACAAGUGGAAAUUCUAAUUGCCCAGCAAAUUUAGACAACGAUGCUAAUAAUAUCGAGUUGCCAGAAAAUCACCCGUUUGAAGGUGAUUCGGAAUCAGAACAUAUGAACUCACCUACGAGUAGAUGAACUCACCAAAUUUGAAGAUUAUAAUCCAGAAUCCGAAAAUUCUGAUGAAGAGCCUACCCAAAUAUAGUCAAGGCGUAAAAAGGGAAAAAGUACCCCGAUGCUAGCAACCCCAAUAAUGCAUCUAAACCGGUAAAUAUUAGUAAGAUUUCAAUGGACAAUGAGAUUGGUAAGGGGCCAUCUAAACCCAUUAUUGACGACGAUAUGACCAGUAAAAUCUUCUUAUUUGAUGGCCACUUGGGCUCUUCGUUCAGGUCCAAUUCUGCCUCUGGGAAAAAGAAAGCCAAAAGAACGCAAUUUUUAUUUGAUAUCAAUCCAUCCUAAGGGAAACCUGAAUUUGAUUCAUUAACACUAAAGAAAUUGGAUAAAGUGAAAAAAAAUCGUCACUUUUUCUUCGAUCUUGAACAAAUGGUAUGUACACAAAAAAAAGUAACAGCUUGUAUAACAGUAAACCAUGGAUUCAAUCAUUCAAAAAAUUAAAAUCCAGUUGUGAAUUACAUAUUACCAAUUUUUUUUUUUUAAAUAAUAAAAUUUUAAUUUCUUGAACAAUAAUUUUUAAGAAAAAAUUCACAACUUCGAAUGACAAAAAAUUCAAUCAAGAUGACAGAAAAUUCAACCAAUCUGUGAAUAGUUCAAAAGAAAGACCUUCAAGCGAUGUAUUGAACAAUUUAUUAUGAAAACAUACAGUGGAAAUCAAACAAACACAUUAAUCACGAUUGGGAAAUGCAAUAAACAUAAUGGUUUUUAGUAAACAAUCACCCGCGUGUAAUCAACCAUAAAAUUUGAAUGACAACAAAACAUUCGAGUGAUAAUCACAAAAAAAAAAAAAAAAAUUAAAUAAAUUAAAUGAAACCAAAUGGAAAAAAUUCAGUUGUAAUUGAAUUGAUGAAAUUAUUCGUACUGAUUCAGUUUGCUUUAUUUCUCAAAAAAAUAUCAAAAAUCACCCUCGAAUCAAUUUUUUGGAUUUCAAAAAUUUUCAUAAAUGAAUUUAAGGACAUGAAAUUUUGGGUACGGGGGUUUUAUUAUGACGUUCUUUUUCGAUCUAACAUAAUUUUACACAAAUCGGAGAGUGCUAGUUCGAAACGUCCCCUCGUGAAUAUGUAAAAUUCUGCUAGGAAUGGGACCAAAAAGUGCUCAAUGUCACUUUUCGUCGAGGUAAGUACUUAUAUAAACCCAGUUACUUUUUUUGUGUACAUACAUUUUGUUCAAGAUCGAAGAAAAACUGGCGUAAAUCAUCCAAUAAAAUUCUAGCCCAAAAGCUGUUUUCUUUUUCACUGGUACUAUGCAGAGUAAAUUUCAGCUUCCCAACUCCAUUUGAUGAAAUUUUGUUGAAAUUUCUUUCAAGUUUCAAAAAUCUGUUGGAGACUCCAGGAAUUUUCAAAAAUUCACUUGAGGCCCCAAAAUGACUUGAACUCACUUGAAGUCGUCUUCAGAGAGUGCUAAAAUUAGAGAGCAGAGUAAAUUUCCACUUUUCAUCUCCAUUUUAUGAAAUUUUCACAAGUUUCAUAAAUCUACUGGAGGCUCCAGUAAUUUUCAAAAAGUCACUGGAGACUCCAAAACGACUAGAAAUCCACCUGCAGUCGACUUCGUAGCGUAUUGAAACUAGUUUGCGGAGCAAACUUCGUCUUUCCAACUCCAUUUUAAGAAAAUUUUGUGGGAAUUUCGAGUUUCAAAAAUCUGCUGGAAGCUCCAGAACUGCUCAAAACGGUUUGAAACAGUUUCCAAUCGAUUUGGGAUUUCGAAAAUGGGAUAUAUUCCAAAUUUCAGCUUUCUAGGUCAAUUCGGUAAGAUUUUGAUUUUUUCCCCUCAUUUUUGGCCUAUUUUUUUUUACAUUUUUUUAUACUGGGCUUGUAUAAUUUCCAGGAUUUUUACGCCCAGCUUAGAGGGGUUAGUUAGAUUUGGUUCGAAAGAUUGAUUUCUUUGAUGAAUUUAAGAAUGUUUUCCAUCUGUUUAAUGUUGUCAGGAAUUGUAGGGUUAAGGUCUGAAAUGUUUAAGGAUUGGCGUUUUGUUUUGAGGGAGGGGCAAUAAAAUAGAAGGUGUUGAGUGAAGAUUAUUUCAGAGUUACAGAAUUGACAGGUGGCUUUAGGUGCUUUAGUGUACAAAUGGUUAUGGGUUAAUUUGGUGUGACCAAUUCUGAGCGGGUGAUUAUAAUUUCUUCUGAUCGAUUUAGGUGAUGAAGGUGCUUGCAGGGGAGGAUUGAUUUUUUGUGGGUAAACAGUUUGUGAUCUGUUUUUCAGUUCCAUAGGUUUUGCUAGUUGGAGUUUUGGAUGGUUUUUAGAAUAUUUAAUAACGUCAUCAUGGGUUACAGAGAAAAUUUUAGAGGUGGUAACAGAUGUUGUAGCAGACUCAUCUACUGCCUGAUUUCCUUCGAUGCCUACAUGACUUGGAACAAACAUAAAUUUAAUAAUUUUAUCAUAAUAGUCUGAAGUUUAUAAAUGAUUUGAUGGAUCUUAUGGACAAGUUGAUAUUCUGAAAAUUUGUUUUGAAUCGAUAAAAGAGCAGUGAGCGAGUCUGAUUGAAUCAGGAAUUUUUUGUUAGGGCUUCUGGAGGUAGGAGGUAAAGAUCUUUUAUAGGCAGUAAAUUUGAUUUUCAAAAAUUUGCCAAAAUUCGAAAAAGGCACUUCAGCACUUGAAAUUUUGUCAGAUGAUAAAUUUUUGCCUGCUCUUUAGAUCUACUUUUGUAAGGUUUGUAAAAUGUCGUGCAAGUCCUAUGUUGGAACGCAAAAUCUGCGAUUUCGGCUGACUAGUCAAUCGAAAUGGCCGCCAUUUUGUGAUUGAGGCCAUGAAUUUUUUUGAGGACAAGGGCUAGAAAUGUUCCUUAGGACUCCCCCUAUAAGACAAAAGCUGUCCCGGAGGAUCGGCAGGGGGAUGCAAUUGAUCUUUAUGUGGGCCUCUGGACAGUUUGAGUCAUUUUUUUCAAAGUCGAAAAUGUUUACAAAACUGUGCACCGGCUGCACCAGUUUUGUAAACAUUAAAAUACUGGUUUGUAAUUUUUUGUUUUAAAUCCAUCCUUAUGUAUUCCGUAAAAACCGAUAGAACUUAACAAAAUCUCUAAAAAAUUGAAAAUAUUUUUUAAUCUAAUGCAUCAAAAAAUGUUACCAACAAUGCAUCACACUACUUUUCUGAUGUUUUGUGUGGAUAUGUUUCUAAUCAAAAGGAGUUAUUGGGAAAUUCAUUUUCUUUAAAUACCCCUACUUGCUUAAUAGAAUAAUUAAAUCUUUUAGGAACCGAAGGGGGGGAGGGUAUGGUCCUGAUGAUGAUUUGUCACAAUUUUAACAUGCAUUUCAAAGCAAAUUAUAAUUUUUGAUCUAAUAUUUCACCUAACUCGAAAUUGAAGAAGAGAAUGAAACGAAUAAAAGUUGAGAAAAAAGGUUGAUUUCAGGUCGAAAUCACAUCAGAAAUGGCCACAGACCAGGCAAAAACAUGUAUUUUCACAACCAAUGAAAUUCACUAAAAAAUCCUAAUAAAAUGUUGAUUUCUUAACCAAUAAUUUUGGAGAAAAAAUUCACAACUUCGGUGACACAAAAUUCAACUAAUCUGCGAAUGGUUCAAAAGAAAGGUCUUCAAGCGAUGUAUUGAGCAAUAUGAAAACACGCAGUGGAAAUCAAACGAACACAUUAAUCACGAUGUGAAAAUGCAAUAAACAUACUUAAUAGUUUUCAGCAAACAGUCAUCCGCAUGUAAUCAGACUAUAAAAUUUGAAUGACAACAAAACAUUCGAGUGAUUAUCAAAAAAAAAAAAAUUAAAUGAAAACAAAUGGAUAAAAUUCGGUUGUAUGUAAUAACAAUGGUUAUCACAUUAAGUAUUGAAUGUCACAAUAAUGACAGCGCCAACUGCUUCACAUGUUACCAUCAAAAGAUAAACAAAAGAAUAUUCAAAUUGAUUUACUCAAAUAUUGACGCGUUUUUCCGCCUAAUUUGCCCUUUUUCUUUCUUUUUUUUUUUUUUGAUAUGCCGCGCCGCUGGCUACGCGUGUGAAAUAUUUUAUGUCUAUAUAAACAAAUAAUCUGCUCUCCAACUUAUCAAUGAUUUUCUGCUCGAUUAUCGAUCGUGUAAUGAAUUUCUUCAAAAUGAGUACGAGUCUUGUUGCCGGAUUUAUGUGCAUUUUUUCUAUCUACAUCGUCAAUGGAGCUCCAUUAAUGAACGUUGAUGUCUCCCAACAAACUCCAGCUACUGGCAGUGCUGAUCAUCUGUCAAUGUUCAAGGUCUCAGAAAUCAUGGACAAUAUGACUCUGAACGAUAUUGGCACUGAAGGAGGAUAUGUAGUUGAUGAAACUCUGUGCAAAUCAAUACUCACGAAAUUGUCUUCUUCCAACAAAACUGAGACAUUCAGAUCAGCAGCCUCCAACAUUGAAGACCAUACUGGGAGCUACGAAGCUCAAAAGACCAUCGUAAACAAAAUUUCCACUGCUCUGCAGUUGUGUCAGCAGCUCGAAAUUACUGAAAGUGAUAUCCAAUCGUUGAACGAAAUAUUGGAUAAUACCAUAUUCGAAGAAAUACGUGCAGAGAAAGCUCAACCUAUAGAGUCUGAUGAAGUCAACGAAAAAAAAAGUACUGAUGUAUCGACGAAUUUGCAUGAAGAAGAUAAUUUGAAAUCAGACCAUGUGAAUGUCUCGAGAAGCCUGAUCGAUGAACCUGAAUACGGGAACGACGAAUCUGCAUACGACGAAGAUGAACACGAUGAUUCCGUUCCGAUUUUCCGAAGUGCACAGCAGUCUCCAGGAAGAAAAGGUUCGAAAUCGAGGAAUGCAGCACAAUACUUUUUUUCCAAACCUCUCGCACCGGACUCAGAAGAUACGAGUAAUACUUUAUUGCUUCCUAAUCGCAAGCUAGGCAGUUCAAAUGCUAUGGACGAUAACAUGGCCAGUAAAAUUUUCUUAUUCAAUGGUCAUGUGGGCCCAUCAUUCAAUCCCGCUGCUAUGGAAACAAAAAGCCAAAAAACCAGGUUUCUGUUUAAUAGAGAUCCAUUUGCAGCUUACAGCAAUGUGCCCACAAAACUUGAGAGAAAAAAAGAAUUUAAGAAGAAGUAUGUACAAGAUUUGCGUUAGGUUUAGAAAUAGGCUGCGAAAAGUUGAGAACCUCUAUUCUGGAGAUUGAUGCUUAAUUCAUGUGAUUUUAGUUUUAGUAAUUCUGUUUUUUAUUCAACAUCGAAUAUGUAGUAUUAAGUUAAUUUUAGCGAAAUCUGCGUUGUUUCUUCUCGAGUCCAACUUAACCUUUUUUAUUCAAUUUUGUUUUUCUUUUUAAACAAAAUAGAUCAUUUUUCGAAUUCUUUGACCACCUACUACUUUUUUUUCAAAGGUAUACGAUUGAAUCGCGGAAACAAAUGUCGGUGAAUUUUUACCAAAUUCAGCGAAGACCUUCGUUUUGAGUUGAAAGUCACUCAAAGAAAAAUUUAGUUUUGGAAGUGCUCUCGGAGGGAACAUUUAUAAGUUCUCAAAGAUGAUGAAUUUAAAAAAAAAAAUCAUGUUUGAAAGAUUAAUAUUUCUGAAUUUGGAGAAAUAUUUCGAAAUGCAGCUGUUGAUCAAUUUUUUGAUCACGAUUGACAAAUCUUUUCGAUUUUUUGUAAUUGGCAACAAUGAUCGAAAAUUUGGCGCAACUGUAUUCCAAUAUUAUGUUUUCCCAGUUUUGGAAAUGACAUUUUUUAGUGUUUUUGCAUAAUUCGCGCGAAAUAUUGGAGUAGAAAAAAUGUUCAAAACACAGCUCUACCAAAAAAAAAAAAAAAAAAACAAAGUGAUUUGCAAAGUUCCGACCGCUCAGUAGAACUCUUAAAGUAGUCUUGGAUUUUGAUGGAAAUGACCCAAUUAGACUUAUAAGUACCUAUAAUUUGAAAUACUAUCAUUUAGAACUAGGAUAUUCUUUUCAAAACAGGUUGGGUAGAGGUUAGAGCGAAAAAACCACUAUUUUUUCGAGAAUACUCUCCCUUUGAAGACUUUUAUCAUCCCUUCAGGGGCAACUCGUGAUCCAAAAUUUUUUCUAAAUGACUUUCAAAUUCAAAGUAAGGGUAGAGGAACCAAAUUACUUCUCAAGUAACGCAACCUGAAAGUGGAAAAAUCCUGCAGUAAAUUUUCUUAUCUUUUUUUGUCAAGAUCCAAGAUUUUUUUCAAGAUUCGUCACAGGAAAUGAAAAAGAUUGAUGGGUUAAAUGGAAAAGGGGCCUUUGCUAAUUUUUCAUUUGUUUCUCUGAUUUUUACAAUUCUGAAUAUACCUACAACGUAUUUAAAAUUUGCUUUUUCAUUAAUCUCAUCAUGAAAUACUUUUAAAUAAUUGAAAAUCAUGUUAGAUUGAAAGAGAAUGCCCUAGAUAUUGUAGAACCCUCGCACUCAAACUUUCAGAUCCUAAAAUUCAUUU